UUAAACCCCCAAAAACACGUCAAAACACACCCAAACACCUCAAAACACCCAAAACACCCAACACACACCCAAAACACACCCAAACACACCCAAACACCCCCAAACACCCAAAAUGAUAGCAAAUUCGUCUAAUGUAUUAAUCUCAAACCCCGUUACUACUACCACCGCCACUUCAAGCCCCGCCCCAGCCUCGCCCCGGCCCCGCAGCGGUACGGAGGGGGCGUUGGGAGCCGGGGGAAAGGUGGGGGCGCCUGGGGGAACGGCGGGGGGGCCGGGGGAGUACUUGGAAGAGGAAUACAAGGAAGAUAUUGCCCAAUUAGAUGUUUUACUGCAUUAUGUCAACAAUCUGUCAGCCUCUCUUGAGUUUCUGGCGUGGGAGAAGAAGCGUAUCUCUACGGACCUCCUGCCUUCCCUCCUUUCCAUGUAUGACACUCUCUUCGCCCGACUCAGCCAACCGAAGGAGGAGGAAGACGAAGAAGAAGAAGGAAGAGGAGGAGGAGAAGGAAGAGGAGAAGACACCACAUACAACGGCUACCUGACGAGAGAAGAGGAAGAGGAGGAGGAGGAUGGGAAGGCUAAGGAAGAGGAGGAGAAGAGGAGGAGGAGGAGGAGAGAAGAAGAAGAGGAAAAGGACAGAAUAAACUCUUCUAUAGAUUUGCUUAUGGAAGAUUUCAACACUCCUUACACAACCUCAAAAGACACCCUUAAAAACUUCCCUAAAAUCCCUGAAAACGCUGGAAAUUACCCUGAAAAUGUCCCUAGUCACCUUCAGGACCCCCAAAGUACCCCCGGGAACCCUCAAAUGUCCCUAAAACACCCUGAAAUGACCCCAAACACACUCAAACACACUCAAAAUAUGAAAGACAGUAAAAACGCCCUUAAAAACACGUCUAGACCCCUUAAAACACCUACAGGAGGCCUUAUCCCCCCUGACAGCACCCCUGGGACCCUGAACCACGCCCCUGAAACACCCCUAGGCAACCCUGAAGGAAUUUUGAAUGGGAAACUAAAGAAAUCAACAGAAAACGGAAUAUAUGAUAACGUAAAUUCCCCUUCACAGCCAGCUACUUAUCCCUCUUAUAACGCCUUAUUCUCACACUCAGAGGGCGCCCUCACACACCCACACGCACCCAGGGGCACCACACGCACCCACACUACGCCCACGCACACGCACACGCACGCAGGUCCACGCAAAGAGGCAAGAGAGGACUUAAUCUACAGGCCACUUUCAUCGAUUUCCUCAUCUUCUUCGUCUUCUUCCUCAUCUGGGUCCCUUCUGAGGCGCCCUAGGGAGGCAGGAGAGGGCGUGGGCGUGCGGGCGGCCUACCUAGCGUCGGUGGAGAGCCUGGAUGGUGACGGGGACGCCUCAGACACGGAAGAAACAGCAAGAAGGAGGGAUAGAUCGAUUAAGUCGAGGAGGGACAAAUUUCAAAGGACAGGUUCUGGAGACAGUGGCUUUCAAUGCAGUUCUAUAAGCCUUCCUGCCCCGCCCCCUCUGCCACGGCCCCGCUAUUUUGACAACAACCUCGCUAAGAUGGACCGCACCGUGCUUGAGAUAGUUGACACGGAGGCAAUUUAUGUGCGUGAUCUGCGCCAAGUCAUAGAGGGUUACCUCGCGCCGUGGAGAAGAGGAGAGGAGAGAGAGAUGUCGUCCAAACAGCUAGAAGAACUAUUUUGUAACAUUGAACAAAUAUACGCAUUUAAUAAGUCUUUCUUGAGUCAGCUGGAGGCGUGUGGCGUUGACCCCGUUGCUGUGGCGCGGUGUUUUGUGAGAAAUAAUGCUGGGUUUGCGAUCUACACGGAAUACUGCACUAACUAUCCGAGAACUGUGGGGCUGUUAACUGAAUUAAUGCGUGGAACCACCUCUCUAGCCUUUCGGGAGAGACAAACACGCCUUGGCCACUCGCUCCCUCUUGGAUCCUACUUACUUAAACCAGUACAAAGGAUCCUUAAGUACCACCUGCUACUGGGGAACAUCCUGAAGCACCUGGAGGAGGAUCAGGGCGCCGCGGGGGGCAGGGAGGAGGUUCAAAAGGCCCUUGCUGGGAUGACAGGGAUGGCGAGACAUAUUAACGACAUGAAGAGGCGCCACGAACAUGCUGUGAGGGUGCAGGAGAUUCAGUCACUCCUCUAUGGCUGGCAGUUUGAUGACCUUACUACUUAUGGAGAGCUUGCAGCGGAGGGGACCUUUAGAGUGUGUGGCGCUAAGGGUCAAAGACACGUGUUUUUGUUUGAGAAAAUGAUCCUUAUUGCCAAGAAGAAAGAUGAGAGCGUUUUGGUGUAUAAAGCACAUAUUUUGUGUUCCAAUCUGAUGCUGAUAGAGAGUGUGAGACGGGAGCCACUGUCCUUCCACGUCAUUCCUUUCGACAACCCACGCUGUCAGUACACUCUGCAGGCAAGAAGUCUAGACCAGAAGAGAGAGUGGACAUUGCAGCUGAAAAGAGUCAUUUUAGAGAACUACAGCGCUGCCAUCCCCGCCCACGCCCGCCAGCUGGUCAUGGAGUUAGGGCAGAAUGCUGCAGGUGGAGAGAGUGGGCGUGGAGGAGGACGUCGAGGCGCCCAUCACGCCCCUGAGUACUUGGAGAGAAGGAAGAUGGACCGAGAGAGAAGGAGAUCAGCUGAUACGGUUUUGAAUGCCACGAGAUUAAGAUUAAGAAGGUCAAAUAGAGCAAGGAAACUCAAGGAGGAGGAGGGGUCGAGGAGCAGGAGUGUGAGCAGGACGAGGGAGACGGAGGAGGAGGAAGAGGAGGAGGAGGAGGAGGAGGAGGAGGAAGAGUAUAGGAAGACCUCCACGUCCUCCACACCCACCUCCUUCGAAAUGCCCAAGCUUCGCCUCUCCAACAUGUGGGGGCGCCGAAGGAGUGAGCCCGGGGUGGGGGAGGGACCGCCGCACCCCCCUCAGCACCCCCACCACCCCCACCACCCCCACCAGCCCUCCACCCCCGCCACGCCCACCACGGACCACACCUCGCCCCGCCUGCCGCCCCCGCCGCCACUCACGCCAGAGGUGUGUGUGGACGGGCUGUCCACGUCGGAGUUUGAGGCGGAGGAGGCUGAGGAGGAGGGUGGCGGCGGCCUGGUGGGCGGAUGUGGCGGCGCGGCGGGCGUGGAGCGUGGCGGCGAGAACCUUGAGGAGAUCGUGGGCGGACUGCUGCAGCACAGCCUGCGUCUGCAGCGCCUGCUGCUCAGCAAACCCCGCCGUCGCCGCGCCCUCCACCACUACCUCACCUCAGACAGCGAGGGGGAGGAGCCCCCGCCUCGACCCUCGCCGCCCCCGCCCCGAGCCCCGCCGCCCCCGCCCGCAUCACACGACCUCGGGGACUAUGUGGACUUCUACUUCAGCGGCGGUGGCAGCGGCGCCCCUGGAAGGGGGGGCGCCUCCAGCAGCGACGCUUCCGCCUACAGCAGCGCCCUCAGUGUGGUGCCACCCCGCGCCGCUCCCGAGGCGCCGCACUGGGCCACGCCGCGCCGCAGCCCCGAACACUGGGGUCGUGGCGAGGCCCGGGCCGCGGGCCUGCGCCGCGCCCAGUCCUUCUCCGUGGACACGGCAGCGGGGGACGAGGAGAGAGCCGUGCCCGCGCCCUGCCGCACGCCGCCGCCCUGUCCCGGGGGUGACGUGUGGGUGCGGAGCGGGCGGGGGCGCCCCGCCACCAUCGCGCUGAGCGGCAGCAGCAGUGAGCUGCGGGCGCUGCACCACGCCCUGGCCGCGCCCACACCAGCCGCGCCGCCUGACGACACGGACGCCUCACUGACACCGCCGCGCAGCCUGGAGGACCUGGCCGGCCCCCACCCCGCCCACCGCAUCUACCGCUCCGCCCCUGCGCCAGCCCACCACACGCUGCCCUCGCCCUCAUCCCCCGGGGGCGCUGGAUCCACGGGCACGCUGCGAGCCGCGCUUGGGCGGCUGGCCCCGGGGGGCGCGGGAGGCGUUGUGGGCAGCGUGGCGCGCCAGUGCUCACGCUCCCUGCGGGCACGCAUCCGCCAGAUCCGCGCGGAGGAGCCCCCGCCGCCCCCCAUGGCGCGGCAGGGCAGCGCGGCGCUGGGGGCGCGGCUGGCGGGGUGCGGCGAGGAGCAGGACCACUACGCCACGCCGCUGCUGCUGCGCCCACGCCCGCCCCGAGACUCCCUGCUGUCCUCCGCCUCCUCCUCCACCUCCUCCUCCGUCACACCGCCCCCCGCGCCCCAGUCCGCCCCCUCCCCGCCGCCCCCCUCCUCGCCGGACAGUGAGGGCGGCGCCUCGGCGGACUCAUUCUACGAGCGCUGCUUCGAAACUUCGGCGGCGGCGGCGGGGGAGGGGGACGGGGACGGGGACGGGGAGGGAGGUGAGGACCCCUUCAGGGACAGCGCCAUCUACAGCGACCCCGACGACGACCAGCCGCCCCCCGCCACGCCCUCCCCUACCCACCACCUCCACCACCACCACCACCACCACGCCCCCGUCACCAGGAAACCUACGCCCUGUCCCCCCACCACCUCCUCCCCCCUCUCCACGCCCCCCGGGGCCGCCAAGAAGGUGCCGCCACCCGUGCCCGCCAAACCAGAAGCUGUGCGUGCCCGCGGGCGAGCUGCACCCCGCCCCGCGCCCCUCACCCCCACCACGCCCCCUGGGAUGGACAGUGGGGGGUCGACGCGCCCUCCGGCCCGCUCCUCCUCAGCACCCCCUAGGCCGCGCCCCUUGCCGGAGAGCCCGAGGGGAGGGGGAGAGGGGCAAGUGGCCAGGGGGUGGGUCAGACAUGUCAUAGGGAGGCUACAGGCUGGGGGGGGCGAGGGGUGACGCACACACACACACACACACACACACACACACACACACACACACACAC